AUGCCGUCCGCCAGCACCACCGGAUCAUUCUCUGACAUCUCAACGUCAGACAUUGUCAGCAACGACCCCCCUCGGGGGACGACCAUUACCUCAUCAUUCCGAAGCACCAACAGCGGCUCUGAUCUCACUAUUCAGAUCCCUCGUACGCUUGAAGGACACUUAGGGGUGCUGAUCUUCGAAAUCCCGCAUUACGAAACCAGUCUUCAACGUGACGAAAAUGAUUGGUUAGACGAGGCGGAGCUAAACAUAAGGGUACCAGCAGACAGAAACUCCCGCAAAUAUGAUAAUUUACAAGAAGCCAUCGAUGAGGUAUACUUUCCGGUCGACGAAGCAGCUCGAGACAGCUACAAGGAUGACGUCGAAGACGAGCUGGCCACCAUUCGCGAAUUGUCCAUCCAGCCUUCAUCUACCGCUGCGGCACAUACCACCAUCAGCUUGGACGAGUUAAAAAUAUGCGCUGAGCGAGACUUCUGA